UUAAAGAUCACAUUAACUUCUCCUUCGUCAGAUUAUGACACAUGCAAAGUUCUCACUUUUCCCUCGAGGGAAAAAAAACCAGCCACAAAUCAGAUUACAGGAUGUGAAAGGGGCGGAGCUAAGGCCGUAAUCUUGACUGGAGACCAAUAGCUGCUCUCCUUCCUAACAUGAUUCGACCACAAAGCUCCCUCCUGUCUGUUUCUCUGUCGGCAUCCUCUACCUUUCAUUUACCUUUUUCUGAAAGUCUUUUCAAAAGUCUCACUCCGUCUGUUUUAGAGUUUCAAACUCUGACCAUCCAGCCUCCAUGUUUCUCACUCUGCUUCUUAACUCUGCGUUUGACUCUUGAUCCACUGUUCGUCUUCGCUCUUGCUGUGUGUCAGGUGUGACGCACGUUUCGCCUGACCUGCUCUAAUUCCCUAACGAGAUUGCCCGUUCCCCGGAUAUCCCAUUAGACCCUGAUUACCCGGGCUCAGCUCAUUAGCUCUGACAAACCACUUCGCCCGUGUCAACCUCCAGACCGUGUACCGCACUCCUGCAUCCUCACAUUAAAAAAAAAAUCACUAUAAUGCCUAGAGUGCGGUACUCCUUCUUGUCCAGCAGGGGGACGUUUGAUUUUGAGAAGGAAACACAAAAAGAAUGAAAGUCAUGAAGUGCACCUGAAACACCUCCAUGUGCUUCUUGUGGAGGAUGAUGCACUCUUUGCUCUUUGACUCAGUUUGUGUGUUGUGUGUAUUUCUUCUCGGCCGGCCUCGUCUUCUCUCUCAUAUUCUCACAUUUCAUCUCCACCUGUUGCCUUUCUCCUAUCGCCUUGUUCUUUUCAUGUCUUCACCUGCUCUUGUCUUUUGACCUCAUAACCUGAUUUUCUCUGACCAAUCGGUUUACCUACCGCCUCUCGCCCUGCUCCCUCUCCCAGUCUCUCUCUCUCUCUCUCUCUCUCUCUCUCUCUCUCUCUCUCUCUCUCCUGCUCCUUCCCUCUCUAUUUCCAUCUUUGAGCUUUAUCCCUUCAUCCCUUAUCUCCUUCAUCCCCUCCAAUCCUCAUCUGUUCUUCACUGUGGAGGAAGGGAGAGAGAAAGAGAGAGUUUUUCACAAGUAAAGCUGCUAGCAGUCUGCCGGGGGAGAGCGUCGGAGGAGCCAGCGAGCAGGUCGUGCGCUCGAGGAUUGUGGAAUCUAAAAAAGCUCAAAGGGAAACGCAGAGCCGAGAGGUAUCUGGAAGCAGGAGGUGCACAGGUGCAGGAGAAGAGCAGGGACCACACGUCUGUGGAAGAAAAUUGACAGUUUCCUUCACAGUCACUAACAUCCCCCAGCAACCGUCACCAUGGCAGCUGAGAAAGCUGAAAUGGAUGCACUGAAAAAGGAGUGCGAUGGCCUUCGUACACAGAUCGAGGCGGCCCGUAAGGCUGUGAACGACAGCAGCAUGUCAGGAGCAGCAGGGGGCGUGGCCGCUGUGGGCCGGGUCCAGCUGAAGCUCAGGAAGACACUCAAGGGUCACCUGGCUAAAAUCUACUCCAUGCACUGGUCUACUGACUCCAGGUCAAUGGUGAGUGCAUCACAGGACGGCAAGCUGCUGGUCUGGGACACCUUCACAGGAAACAAGCUGGUGGCCGUGCCUCUAAAGUCGGCCUGGGUGAUGAGCGUCGCCUUCGCCCCCUCUGGUAACCUGGUGGCCAGCGGUGGUCUGGACAACAUGUGCACGGUGUACAACAUCAAGGCCGCCAGCCCCAAGACCCUCAGGGAGCUGGACGCACACACAGGUUAUCUGUCCUGCGCCCGUUUCCUCAGCGACUCGGAGAUCCUGACAGCCUCCGGCGACACCACCUGCUGCCUGUGGGAUCUGGAGACCGGGAAGCAGAAGAUCAUCUUCACCAACCACAUCGGGGACUGCAUGUCUCUUGCUCUGUCCGCCGACAUGAACACCUUCGUCUCCGGAGCCUGCGACUCUCUGGCCAAGUUGUGGGACCUGAGGGAAGGGACCUGCAAGCAGACCUUCUCUGGACACACCAGUGACAUCAACGCCAUCUCUUACUUCCCCAAUGGAAACGCCAUUGUCACAGGCUCUGACGACUGCAGCUGCAAGAUGUACGACCUGCGCUCCGACCAGGAGGUGAUCAGCUACCAGGACAGCAGCCUGAACGCCGGCGUCACGUCUUUGUCUCUGUCCAACUCAGGCCGACUCAUCUUUGCAGGAUACGACGACUUCAACUGUCACAUCUGGGACUCACUGAAGGGAGAGAAAGUCGGUGUGCUGUCUGGCCAUGACAACAGGGUGAGCUGCACCGGGGUCCCUGAGGAUGGUAUGGGUGUCUGCACAGGAUCCUGGGACAGCUUCCUCAAACUGUGGAACUGAGGCGUCCCUGCAGAGGAACAAAACACUAGGAGGAGGAAGAGGAGGAGGAGGAGGAGGAGGAGGAGAGGAAGACGAGGAAAAGGGUGAAGAUAGGAAGGAGAAGAGCACAUAGGGGAAUAAGUGGAGAGAUGAGUGAGGUUGGGGGAUAAUAGGUUUGCUCUUCCUCUCUUCCUCUCCCUUUCCUCUUCUUCCUCAGUCAUGUAUGCAAAUAUUGAGAGGCUGCGAGUGAGUCACGUUGUAUAAAUGGCAUCAGGUAAACAGAGCACGAUGCAUCCCGCUGUAUGUGCAGGAGAGUUUUAUUGUUGUUGAGAUGAUUUAAACACUAAGAGAUAAAAAAAAUAAAAAAUAGCGCAUUAUUCAAAGUGAUAACUGAGCAGAGAAGAAGCUCUUACUGAGAAUGUCACGUAAAAACACGUUUAGAUUUUUGACUAAAGAGAGAGGAGACGUGAAUAUUGAAAAUAAGACUGUAGCUUUACAGAUUUAUUUUUAUUUUCUUUCAGAUCUUUGACCUGUAAAAGAGCCCUGCACUUACUUAGAUGGAUAUGUAAAUGAUUUGUAUUUUAGAGUUUAAGAUGUUAGCUCGGAGAGUUCAUGUACAGUGUCUUUAUUUUUAUUCUAUUUUUGGGCCGCACACAUCCAGAGUAUAUGUGUGUUUACGGUAGAGCUGCCAUUUUGGUUCCACUGCUAACAACAGGCAGACUUUGAUCCAAGAUGGCUGCCGCUGUUUCCUCCAUCUGAGCGUGAGAAUCUGCUGACUAGAGAAGGUUAAAGGCCGCCCCUCUGUAAACACCUGUAAAGUGUAUUUUACUCCCCUGGGCUCAGCUGCAUUUUGUAGGACUUUUACACUUGUGCAGUUCCUCUGUAAAAAGACCAAAUGUUUGUUGACAAUCUUUCUAAUAAACAUAGAAUUCUGCAUAUACACCA